AGGGUGGAAAAAUACAGACCCAUGAAACUAUGCGAAAUAGUUGGAAAUGAAGAUACGGUGAGCAGGUUGGAGGUCUUUGCAAAAGAGGGGAACGUACCAAAUAUUAUAAUUGCUGGUCCCCCAGGAACAGGUAAAACCACCAGUAUCCUCUGCUUGGCUCGUGCUCUGCUUGGUCCUGCAUUAAAGGAUGCUGUUUUGGAGUUGAAUGCCUCAAAUGACAGAGGCAUUGAUGUUGUGAGAAACAAAAUCAAAAUGUUUGCUCAGCAAAAGGUCACACUUCCAAAAGGUCGGCAUAAAAUAAUCAUCCUUGAUGAAGCAGACAGCAUGACAGAUGGAGCACAGCAAGCUUUGAGAAGAACAAUGGAAAUUUAUUCCAAAACAACGCGCUUCGCACUUGCGUGCAAUGCCUCUGACAAAAUCAUAGAACCAAUUCAAUCCCGGUGCGCAGUGCUACGUUACACCAAGCUGACAGAUUCACAAAUCCUUGCAAGGCUACUUAAAAUUGUUGAGAAAGAGGAUGUACCAUAUACAGAUGAUGGACUAGAAGCCAUUAUCUUCACAGCCCAAGGAGAUAUGAGACAGGCAUUAAACAACUUACAGUCCACGUAUUCUGGAUUUGGCUUUAUAAACAGUGAAAAUGUCUUCAAGGUAUGUGACGAGCCUCAUCCUCUGCUUGUGAAAGAAAUGAUACAACACUGCAUAAAUGCAAAUAUUGAUGAAGCAUACAAGAUUCUUGCCCACCUGUGGCGACUUGGGUACUCUCCAGAAGAUGUGAUUGGCAACAUCUUCCGUGUGUGUAAAACCUUUCAAAUGCCAGAAUAUCUGAAACUGGAAUUUAUCAAGGAAAUCGGGUACACUCAUAUGAAGAUAGCAGAAGGUGUGAACUCACUUUUACAAAUGGCUGGACUGCUGGCCAGGCUGUGUCAGAAGACCGCAGCCCCUGCCGCAAGUUAGCUGUGUCGCGAGCAGGAGCCUGCGUUCUGGAGGGGGCAGGAUGGGUGCGCAAGGUCCGCAGC